AAUACCAUAACAUAACAGAAAAGAAACAAAUAUUCAAAAUAGAAACCAUGUCCGGCAAAAUAAAUAAAUAUCGGUACUUAUAUUAUAUACUUCGGUAUUCAAUUAAAUCACCUUGGUACAUUUUAGAUUAAAUUUUAUAUGACGUAAGUAUGGUGGAAGCAACUUUGUCAUAAUAAAUGAAGAUGAAGAAAUUAUAUUAUGGUUAAAGUAUGAAUUUAAAAUGACCAAGGAGCUUUUUAUCUAACUUUAAUUGUUCGGUAUUCUAUUCCCAGUCGUAUUAUUUUUCCUUUUGCAUUCAUUGAAACAUGGCGUCUGAAAAAAUAUCAGAUGGUUUUAAAAGUAAUGUAUUUUGUUGGAAAAUAUGCGCUCUCUGGAUUUUUCAAAUUAAAAAUAAAUAUUAUAAAUACUAUGCUAUACCUCUUUUGGUUGUAAUAUUCGUGGGCUACAAUGUACUAUUGACGUUAAAUCUAAUUUACACUCCGAGAAAUCUGGAAAAGUUCAUCCCUGAACUAAUAUUUUAUUUUUGUGAAGUUCAAAAUGUUUUCAAAGUAUACGUUGUGACAAUCAAAAGUAAACAAAUAAAGGAAGUAUUCAAUUUAUUAGAUUCUGAUAUAUUCAUUGGUGAUACACAGGAACAUAAAGCAAUAACACAGUCAUACAAAUUCUUAUACAUCAAAUGCUUUAACAUCUACUGUGUCAUGUGCCACAUGGCUUACAUACAUGUGGCUUUGCCUUUCUUGAUUCACCUUAUUUUUGGGAAGAACCUUGAUUUGCCCAUUUGCAAUUACUACUUCCUCAGUGAUGAGUUUCGUGAAAAUUCAUUUUGGUUAAUUUGGUGGUACCAGGCUGUUAGUUCGUACUUUCACAUGUUCUACAAUAUCACUAUUGAUACAUUCAUUUCUGGUUUGCUCCUGAUGGGAAUUGCGCAAUUUAAGGCUCUCAAUUCCAGUCUUAUAAAUAUAAAAGAAACGUCUUUGGACCACCUUAAUUGUAUGGAAAAAGAUGACCAUCUACAAAAGCAAUUACUCAAAUGCUUAAAACACUAUGAUUUACUGCUACAAUAUUGUUCGCUGAUUCAAGAACUAUGUAAUCCAGCCAUGUUUGUUCAAUUUGGAAUCGGAGCAGCGAGCAACUGUGUGACGCUUGCUGCGCUAUUGCUGCCCUUGCCCACUUAUGAACAGAUUUUCAUAGUAUUCUACGGGUCGGUCAUGGCCAUCGAAAUAUUUAUGCCAGGUUACUUGGGAUCACAAUUAAGACACGAGAGUGAGCAGGUGAUAAGAGCAGUGUACCAAAGCGACUGGAUCGACCGCUCGGAGACAUUCAAACGUACGUUGAAGUUGCUGGUGGAGCGAGCACAGAAGCCUGUCAUCAUGACUGCCUAUUCCAUCAUUUCUCUGUCUCUGAGUACUUUUAUCUCGAUAAUGAAAACAGCUUACUCCAGCUACACUCUCUUGCGGGCAGUCCACACAAGAAAUAAUGUUGAUCAAUAAUUAGAUAAUUAUAGUAAUUCUAUAUUUUAAUUAGAU